AAGCCGAUAUGAAAUCAAUUACAAAGAUUUGAUUUCGCUGUAAACAUAUAAACUGUGCUAUAUAAGUUUAAUAUUUAUCAUAGUAUAUUAAAAUAUUAAUUCUUUUUUUUUUUAAGAUUCAAGUGUUGUAUAAUUUUCAAAGAAAAUAUAUAACUAUGAUGUUUGUAAAAGAAAUGUUAUUCUGUGUCAUUUUAUUUACAUGGAUAUUCCAUAUCCAAGGUCGUCCACAGGGGGAUUCCAUGAUUAAAGCUUCAGAAAAACCAGAACCAUAUGAAUACCAAUACAAAGUGGAAGAUAAACCAAGUGGAAAUUAUUAUGGACAAAACGAAGUUGGCAAAGAUACAGGUCGCAUAGAAGGAUCGUAUUUUGUAUAUCUUCCGGAUGGUAGACUCAUGACCGUCACAUACUACGUCGAUGGAGAAAGUGGUUUUGUACCAAAAAUCACCUUCCAAGAUAAUGCUAGCCCAUUUGGCAAUAGUGAAUCAAAUUCUAUUCAGAGAAGAUAGAAUAAUUUAAUAAAUAAUUUGUAUUUUUAUGUUUAAAUAUUUUCUAUGAUAAAUAAAUUUAAAAAGUCAUGCAAAAUAUGAACAGAUAUCCCCGACACAACUAUAUAUUACCUAUUAUACGUAAAUAUUUAUGACGUUAUCAAAAAAAAUAU